AUGGUUGGAGAUGUUGAAAAUGAAAUUUCCAUCACAUCAGACAAUGAAGAGGAUUAUUUCACACCGGAAGAUAGAGAUCCCGACAUGCAGUAUAUGAUAAAUCUUGAGGCAAGAAGGCGACAAUUGGAGUUAGAGCAAAUACCUUAUGUCAGAGUCCCGGAUAUUCUUCCGUCUUUAAUAAAUAUAGAUGAAAAGUGUAUCGUUUGCAAAGAUGCUGAAAAAACGCAUGCUCUGAUUCCAUGUGGUCACAAAGUAGUCUGUGUAGAGUGUCUGGACCUUUUAGAUCCCAAACGUUGCCCUUUGUGCAAUUUAAAUUUUAUCAACUCCCUCAGAGUUUGGUGA